AUGUCCGCCCAAUUCGACCUCCCAACGUCCUUCGCCACCUGCUCCAUGGGCCUUCCGCACCAUACCCUCGAGCAAAAGCUAGCCGCCAUCUCCUCCGCCGGCUUCACCGGCAUCGAGCUCGCCUUCCCAGACCUGCAGACCUUCGCCACGCGGCACGCCCACCGCGACAUUGCCGCAGACGACUACCCCGCCCUCUGCAAAGCCGCCACCGCCAUCCGCUCCCUCUGCCACGCGUCCAAUCUCGCCAUCAUCGUGCUCCAGCCCUUCUCCAACUUUGAAGGGUGGCCCGAGGGGAGCCCGCAGCGCGAAGAGGCCUUCAGCCGCGCCAGGGGGUGGAUCGACAUCAUGGACGCCCUCGGCACGGAUAUGCUGCAAGUCGGCGCGUCCGAUUCGCCCGGCAUAUCGGCCUCCGUGGCGGAGCUGGCGGCCGACCUCGUGGCGCUGGCGGAUCUGCUGGCCGAGAGGGGUUUCCGCCUCGCGUACGAGAAUUGGUGCUGGGCCACGCGGGCGCCGCUGUGGCGGGAUGCGUGGGAGGUUGUGCGCGCUGCGGACCGGCCGAACGUUGGGCUCUGUCUUGACACGUUCCAAUCUGCCGGUGGGGAGUGGGGUGAUCCGACGACCGCGUCUGGACUGAUAGAAGACCUGGGGGAAGGCCCGGACGAGCUGCGAGAGAGGUACAGGGCGAGUUGGGCGGAGCUGGCCAAGACGGUGCCUCCGGAGAAGGUGUUUUUCUUGCAGAUCAGCGAUGCCUAUCUCAUGGAUCCGCCGCUGAAGGAUAGCGUUGACGAGUCCGGAACGAGACCUAGGGGGCGCUGGAGUCAUGAUUAUCGACCGUUGCCGUAUGAUGGGGGAUACUUGCCGAUUGUAGAGUUCUUGGAGGCUGUUCUCAUGACGGGGUUCCGCGGGUGGUUGAGUGUCGAGGUGUUUGAUGCUGUCGACAGGAUGUUGGAUGAGAUGGAUCCGGACAAGGUCACAGGCGAGGUUGUCUGA